AAAGCUCCCAGCGUACCCAGUCUGAAAGGAAAAUUGGUUUCGAACGGAAUCUUCGCAUCCGCGCCCUCGUCGACGAAUCGAAAUACUACUUUUUUUUCUGCCUCCAUCCCACAGCUCGACCACUUUGGGACACUUUUGAACCCCUGUUUGUACAAACCGCGUUGUGCAAAUUCGUGUGUUUGUUACAAACUCUGGCCUGCCAUCUAGCUUGCCAGUGGGAAUAAAAAAACAGUUCGCAGCCAGCACAACGAACAGAAGAAGCACCGCUUGGACAUUUCCUGGAUUUUCCUGGAAGUAGAAAACAGACUUUGUGCGUGCGUGAGUGAGUGUGUGUUUGGCUUCUGAAGCUCCAUCGAGAAGUUUUGGUCGUGCAGUGUGUGGAUGUCCUUUUGACUUCGCAGCAAAGGACGUUCGUUUGUCGGGUUUUCGAUCGAUUGCGAGACGCGUUGUGUGACGAUUCGACGGUUUUCGCGGAACAUUUUUCCUUCAGACUCACCCCCACCCGCCAACAAGGAACUCUAACGGCUUUGAGGAGCUUGGAAAGCUUGGAAAAUCUCCCCGAGAGCGACAGAACACUUUUUCACACUUCUUCGCGGGCGCCUUUUGGUGAAGAGUUGUUGUGUUUUAUUGUUCGAAAGGUGUUUUCAUCCCCCUGAAAGUACAAAACUUUUGCAGUCCCCGUUGUAUAACCCCUGCCACUUCAAAAAAUUUGAAUAUUGAAAAUUCGGCAAUUGUGUAUUAUUUUGUGCUCCAUUCGGGAAAAAAGGCUGUAUAAAGUGCAAUCGUACCUAACGGAGGGAGGAAAAUAGAAACCGUUCGGUUGUGGGUGCAUCCAACGAAAAAAAGGAAGCAAAACAAAUCUUGGUGCCCUCUGGUGCUUUUGUGUGUUUGCUGCGAGAAAAAAAAGGGAAAAAGGCAAAAACUCGAAAAACCCCUGCGCGAGUGUGCGUGUGUGCGUGUGUGUGCAGAGCGAGCGCACGCGAGUGUGUGUGUGUGUUAGGGCUACCACGCGAAAGAGAGAGAGAGCGCGCCCGCGCGUGUUGAGCUAGAGAGAGCGAGAGCGAAGCGUGAAAACAAAAACAUCUCGAAGGAACGCGCGAGUCCGACUAUAAACAAACCAACAACAAACAGGUCGAUUCAGUCAGUGAGAAAGCAAGCCAGCGCAGUCAGCAGCGUGCAGCAACACAGGAACGAAGCGACGAGCGAGCGCGAGCGUACACUACACUGAAGCGAAGCGUACGCAUCACGUCCUCCCCGACACUAGCGCAGCAGCAGCAAAGCGAGCCAAACAAAAGCAACCACGCACGCCAGUCGUCCAGUGCUUAGUUUUUUUUUGGGGCUCUACGUAAUCCUGCUUGGUUGUGCGUGUGACGUUUGUUAUCGUGCGUGCUAAAGGACAUCUUUCCAGACCUCGUUGCGUGUGCGUGUGUGAAGAACAGGUAUAGAAAACAGUGCAGAAGCAGAUAACGCAACUAGCAGCAAAACAGCAAGCGAGCAAAACAAAGGACACAAACUUCUACACAGCCAUACAUAUAUAGUCCUCGAGUGCAUUUGCGUGUGUGCGUCGUGUGAGUGUGUGAAGAAGCAGCAGCAGCAGCCAGCCCUUCACGCCAGUUUCGGAGCCGUCGUUGCGCCCAAUCGUUUAAAUGAGUGAUAUAAGUCAGAAAUGUUUCGGCAAAAAUGGUGGAUUCUCUAUAAGCUUUAAUCAAGACUAUACAUCGCUCUCCGUGGUAUCCAGGACGGGAUAUCGAUUGUUUUCGUUAACAUCCGUUGAUCGUGUCGAUGAAAUCUUCUGCAGCCAUGACGAGGAUACAAAGAUUGCCGAGCGGCUGUUCAGCAGCAGCCUCGUUGCGGUCGUUACCGCAAGUGAACCGAACAAGCUUAAGGUCUGUCACUUCAAGAAGGGGGCGGAGAUCUGCAACUACGGCUACCCGUCGGAGAUCCUGUCGGUGAAACUGAACCGCUCCCGGCUGGUCGUCUGCCUCGUGGACAGUAUUUACAUUCACAACAUCCGUGAUAUGAGACUGCUACAUUCCAUCAAGAACAUGGCGCCGAACCCGAGCGGCCUGUGCACGCUCUCGCUGCUGUCCCACCUGGCCUACCCGGUGGCGACCGACUGUGGCGAGCUGCAGAUCUUCGACGCGGCCAACCAGCUGCGCCGGCUGAAGCUGAAGGCGCACGAUUCGCCGCUGUCCGCACUGAACUUCUCCUACAACGGGCUGCUGCUGGCGACCGCCUCGGAAAAGGGAACGGUGAUUCGCGUGUUCUGCGUGAAGAACGGCCAGCGGGUGCACGAGUUCCGGCGGGGCGUCAAGCGGCACGUCAGCAUCGGCUCGCUGUACUUCAGCACCUGCGCGAGCUUUGUCGUCGCGAGCUCGAACACCGAAACCGUACAUAUCUUCCGGAUCGAUCCGAAAGCGAUCGAGCAGGCGGAACGGCGCCAGAGCGUGGCGAUCGAUGCGGCCGCGGCGGCGGCCACCAGUACGGGCAGCUCGAGCGAUGACGAUGAGACGCAGGGUGGCAGUGAUCCAGCGGGGGCCGCCGCCGCCGGCGGAUGGGGUAUGGGCUUUCUGGCAAAGGCCGUCACCAGCUACCUGCCGACGAACGUGGUGACGGACGUGUUUACGCAGGACCGGGCGUACGCGACGAUACAGCUGGCGGAGCCGGGGCUGCGGUACGAGUGCGUGAUGGCGAAGCUGGAGAAGGAGACGCGCCUGCUGCUGGCCUGCGAGGACGGCUUUCUGUACAUUUACAGCUUCGAGGACUCGAAGGGUGGCGAAUGUAAGCUCAUUCGUGCGCACGAUCUCCGUACGCCACUGCACGGCAUUACCGAAGUUGACAUCGUCGGCAAUGAGAACGAUGAAAACACAAACAGCCUGAACGUGAACAUGACGAAGUCGAUGCUGCCGGCGCCGGGCACGUACGCUGGCGUUCUGAAGGGACGUCCGGCCGACCGGAUGUCAGACUCCGACUGGUGCCACGAUUUGCGCGAGGCGGUCGAGUAUCCGGUCAAGGUGACGGUGCCGAUCUACGACGAGAUGCAGUUCCCCCCGGUGACGCCGAUCACCGUCGAGUGACUAGGCAAGGGCACGGCAGCGCAGCAGCACCCCCGGGAAGGAGGUGAUCAUCAACAGCACCACCACCACCAUCACCACCACCACCAUCCGCCCACGAAGAUGCGACCCACUGGCAAAUCGUUCCCCUCGAAGGCAGCAGCCGGCGUUGGCUGCAAGGGUUGAAGGUGUGGGGAAAAUGGAGCUUAUGGUAGGAAAGCCAGUACACAGUGUACGAGGGGGUUGGGGGGGAGCAAUGCAAGAAAGCGCACUAUAUUUUGUCCUUACCUGAUAGUAGUGAAUAUAACGAAGAUGCGAAGAUGCGAAGAAGCAAAUGAUGAUAUGGUGGGGCUGACUUUGUCACACAAAAAGCAAAACGCUGCAAAUGUUGCGUGAGCGUGUGUGUGUACCGUUGAUGUUUUUAUUUUCUUUAAUUUAUUAUUAUACACACCAACUCUCUUCUCUUAAGCAGUUAGUGGAGUUAGGAUGGCGGAUGUGACCCACGCUGCUCGGGGGGCGUCUCUUUCAUCCCGUUGUUGCGUGUGCUUACGUUUAAUUUUCGCUUUCACAGCUGUUCGUGCAACUGUUUGUCGUCUAUGACUAUGUUUUUUUGCUUCUUCUUAACAUUUACACACGCUAUCUGUUGCUGCUAACUAACAAACACACACACACAGACCAUGAUAAGACAAAUUUCUAUCUUCUUGCAUCAGAAAACGUCCACACGCCCUUUGUAGUAGGGAAUCAUUUUAAUCCUGCGCUCUUUCAGCAAAGCAAUGGUUUUAUUCGACUGGCAUCGAGAUCGAGAUCGAACACACAAACCGAUCGGUUCAAAAAUCAAUCGAAUUGUCAUGGGGAAGCCAUGCGCCGCGCCGUGCACGUGCAAAAGUGUGUUUAUAAUUAUUAAAACUAUACUACGGUCCUCUUCCCUCUUUAAUAUAUACGAGAUAGGCGAGAGAGAUACAGGAAACAGAGGAGGGGACGGACACCACGUGCGUUGCGUUUCUUUAGGUCAGUAAUCAAGCAAUACACACAGCAACAAAAGCAAGUUCAAUUUCACAAAAUAACUUUACCAUUAUUAGAACGACGACGAAUGUCGGCGACAGUGGGCGAUGGGUGGCUGGCGUUGGCUGCCAUUUAGAGUACUUUCUAUCGAUUUUGUAUCGCUCCCGUUCAUUCGCCCGUGUUCCCCCUUUUGUGGUCGUUUCAAUCGGUGGAUCGAGGCAGAACUAGUUGUUGAUUGAAUUCGAAAAGAACAAAGAAAACGUAGUAAAAGAAACAAAAAACAAAGUAGAACUAGUAAGCAAGCAGCAGCAGCAACAGAUGGUAGAUGGUGAAUUCAAGUGUCUAUUUAAUGUAAGAUCGUUGCUCCGUUAGAUAUGUUGAUCGUUUAUUCUUAAACAAACAAAAAAAGAUCGGUACAUCUUUAACACACACACGCACGAGCAAGGGGAGAUACAUAUAUACACAGAAAAAAGCGAAACAAACGAUCGUGUAAGAGGAGCGCAUAAGAAGAUGAAAAACUUCCGCAGGAGAAGAUAUAACAACAAAAAAAUGUUAAAAGCUAAAGAACACAACACAAAAAAAAACAUUAAAUCAUAUAUUUGAUUAAUGAUAACACAUGAAAUGAAUGAUACCCACAUGUAUCUUGGAUAAAAGUUGGAGGAAUAAAAUGUAAAAAAAAACAAACAAACUUCUGCAUGAUACCAAAAACAAUAAAAAAAAACAAUGUAAAAAGGAAAAAGCGUAAAAAAAUACUCAAAGUUAAGUUAGCAUUUUAAGUUGCGGUAGAACAAGAAACAAACAACAAAUAAGGCAGAAAGAACCCCGCCCGCGGCAAUACGCGACCCGAUGAGAGGAGGUGAUCGAGAAGACGAAGAAGAUCACCCGACGGAGGGGGUGGGUGAAGGGGAAAUACUGCUCUUUUUUAAUUUAUUACACAAAAAACCCAUCAUUGCUCGGAGGGGUAUCAUGAGUUGAAGGAGUUGGUGGGUGGAAGCUUGAGAAGGAGGAGAAGAAAAGGGUCUAGGAUGAUUUUUCUAGCUGUACAUACUACUACCUAUACACACAUACACACGUUUUAUAUUACACCCAUUCAUGUUUACCUUUGUUAAUUAAAUGCGCUUAUCUUUAGUUUUUUUUGUGUGUGUGUCUCUAUUUGUGUCGUAUCGAUCGUUGGUUUGUCUGUAGUUUUAAUUUAACUUUUGAAAAGUAUUGGAUCGAUGCUAAACAAACAGAAAAAAAUGUAAGCAUUAUCGUGUUAAAGUUUAUUCAGAAAAGAUGGGGAGAAGGCGUUUAGCAGCUGCUUCUGGUAAUAUGUUUAAUUCAAAAUUUAAUUCGAAUUACGGUCUUUUUUUUCUAUAAGACAAAAAAGUAUCUUCUUUCUAUGCUUUUCUGUUUGUAUGUAUACUAACAAAUCACACACACCCACGCAUACACAAAAUACAUGCAAAACACCCAAACAAAUGUUGCACAAUGUCUCAUUUAGUAGCUAUACACCACCACCCCGUGUGUAAGAGAGUAGCGAAAUUCGCGCGUCGGCAUAAAAACGCAAACGGAGCAAAUCCGCAACACUUUUGGGAAUACGCGUCGCGAGAGAGCAUCACGCAGAAACGCGCUAAACAAACGUCUAACAAAAAACGUUGCAAAAUGUACUAGGUUUGUCCUGUGUGUCUGAUCGUAUAUUUUAUGUAAAAGGGAGCGGAAACUGAAAAAACCACUAACCAUUAUAUUUCGAAUGAAAGAGGUCCUCCCCCCACCCCAUAUAGAAAUCCACCUUCCUUUUGCGAGCACCAUGAUUGCGCUUUACUAAUGUGAAGUGAAACGUUAAAGAGCGAGAGAGAAAGGAAGAGACAAUGAAGAAGUAAGGAAAGGGGGGCGGAAAAGAACAGAGAAAGAAAAGCAUAAAGUAGAAACUAAAUGUACACGCGAGUAUAUGAAACAAGUUCUGUAAAGAGCGAGCUACAAAGCAAAACAAAACAAAAAAGUGAAACAAACAAACAAACAAAAAAACAACAAACUGAAAAUAAAUACAAAAAAAAAGAA